AUGCUUAUUGUGUACUCAUUGUAUCAGGGAGUUGAACGUGCAUUAGAACAAGUCUGGCCUAAAGCUGAUAGGAGGUUUUGUUGUAGGCAUCUUAGUAGAAACUUCAAGAAACUUUUUCCAGGCCCUAUGAUGUAUGUUCUCUUUUGGAGAGCUUGCAAUGCAUCUUCAGCUUUCACAUUUAGGAAAGCUAUGGAGAAGUUGCAGAAAGUAGGAGGUGAUUAUGUCACGUGUUGGUUUGCAGACUUGGGAGAGCAAUCUAAAUGGAGAAUAAGAAGGGUUUGUAUGGUGAGAAUUGCAACAAGGAUGGAGAAUGCAAGGUCUUGGAAAGAUGAAGACAUUACUCCUAAAAUUGUGAAUCUAGUGAAAGAAAUAGGUAAAGCUACCUCAAAAUGUAGAGCUUUCAAGUCCAGUCCAGGAGAAUAUGAAAUUCAUGAAGGAAGAUCACAGUUUCCUCUGAGCUUAAACAAGAAGAUUUGUUCCUGUGGGGCAUGGCAACUGACAGGUGUGCCAUGUAGGCAUGCCAUUAGGGCCUGCAUUGAUGCAAAGCUUGACCCACAUGACUUUGGCAGUUCCUGGUAUUCUCUGAAGACUUACAAGCAAGCUUAUAGUGUUUGCAUUAACCCAAUUCCUAACACACAGCAAUGGCCUGCAGAUGAGUCAGAUACAAUCAUCAUGCCUCCUAAGAUGAAGAGGGGAAUUGGAAGACCAAGUAGGAAUAGAAAGAGGGAGGAAGGUGAAGAGCAACCUGGAAAAAGGUCCAAAACAGUCAAAUGUAGCAAAUGUGGUUGCUUUGGCCAUAAUAAGACAACUUGUAUGGGAGGGUUAACUGGGAAAGAACUGAAGUCAAAUGAGCCUGUUGUCAUAAAAAAUCCUAGGGUCAGAGACCAAAGUAAUGCAGCAAAGGCAGCUAAGGCAGCAAAGAAAUCUGAAGAAGUUGGAUAUCAGUCAGCAGCUUCAGCUAAACAAGCAAAGGGACAGAAGGGCAGACCCUCAGCUGAGCAAGCAAUAGUACUGACAGCUUCACAGUUGCCUAGCCAACCAGUGCCUAUGUCUCAAUGA